AAAAGCUGCACUAUUCACUUCCUCUGCAUCUCCGCCUACAUUCUUAAACCCUCACAGAAGUUGAUUUUGCCACAUUUUGUUCUCCCAACCAACAUUCCUUCCCAAAAUGGCCAAAAAAUUUCUUGUUUCGGAGAAAAUGUGUCUGUGUUAAUUAGAUUUAUGGGGAAAAAAGGAGGGAAAUGCAGGCUAUGGUGGCCAGCCCAUCUUUCCUCAACCCUUCAACCCCAUUCUCCUUCCCACUCCUUCACUCUUUUCUUCGGUUGGUUCAUUUCUUCCCAGUCCUCCUCCUUUUCUUCUUCGGAGCCCUCCCUUGAUAUCGUCGUCGCUUUUGCCUUGGAGGAUUCUGCACUUGUUUCUUCUUCUGUAAAUCUUCAGGAAAUUCUUCAUCAAACAGAUGGGAACAUGCCUCUAUCCCUACAAGAUAAAUGUACACUUUCCGUGCUGGGUUAUUGUGAAGCAGAUUCAAGUGGCAAUGGUCAGCCAGAAAUGAAUUUAACUAAAACAGUUACUCAGACGUGCUCAACUGAUGGUGGGAAAACCUUCCCUGGUAGCCAGAGGGUAGUUGUGGGCAAGAAUGGAAUUCAUGCAUGUGGAUGCCACAAGGUUCAUGCAUUACUGGAACAGCUUAGGCUGGCUUUUGUACAAAAUGAGAACUGGUUCCAACUUAUUUCUGGUUUUCCUCAAACUACAGGUCGAAAAUUGCAGCUCAUUCCAGAAUUGCAUCACAUGCAUUGGAAUGGGGAAACCAUUUCUCAGUUAGAUCUCCACGUUAUCAUUUAUGAAAUUCCAAAAUUUAGUAGCCACCACUAUUCACUGGGUUCUUGGAGUUUGUCUGAGAAGAUGAGAUCUUCUAUCAAGAAACCCCAAUGGUUUGAAGAUCUCAAGCAGAAGAAGCAAUAUCUUGAUCUGGACACUGUCAUUCUGGCUAUUAACAGUGCUAAUGCUGCUAAGAUCCUUUCAGAAAGGCAGCUGCCUGUGAAGAGUUUCGCUGGUCAUUUCAAGCCUUUAUGGAUGUUUCCUACCUUUACAUGGAAAUUUUUUGCUGCACUCGUGGCUUUGCUUGCAACUUCAGUUUACGUCAUUCUUCAGUCUUUCCAUAUCCUUCUGAGUUACAUGUCGUGUAUAGGCAUAGAUGUGGUGUUAGUGAGAGCAUUCAACAAUGCAUGGACGAAUGUUGGGAUACGCUGCUCCCAGUUCCUCUAUUGGCCAAUCUUACUCCAAGGUCAUGGUCAUAGGUCUAAAUCAUGCAUUGAAUAUUCAGAGAAAGUGGCAUUACGCAGGCAUUCCAUCUGGUCAUGUCUAGUGGUUGAUGUUCUUCUUGGAAACUUAUUUGGCAUUUCAUUAUGGUAUCAAGCAGAACCUGCUUGCCUAUACAUUUCAAACUUCGCUGUUGAUGUCACAAACUAUUUGCUGCGUACCGGAUGUGUUUGGCUAAUGGGAAAUCCAGCUGGUUUCAAAUUAAACACUGAGCUUGCUGGAGUACUUGGCAUGAUGUCUCUGAACACUAUUCAAAUUUGGUCUACACUUGGGUCGUUUAUGGAUUUUUUCCUUGUACCAAUUGCUAAAGCUAUUUCUCUAUGUGGGAUUCUUUUUGGUUUCACCACAGCUGCUGCUCUGAUAAUCGACUUGAUUUCACUCGUAACAAGACAUGUUUUCGUCCUUCAUUGGAUACUCUCACUUGUCUAUUCACAGCAGAUUCAGGCAUUGGCAGCUUUAUGGCGUCUUUUUAGGGGAAGGAAGUGGAAUCCUCUUCGCCAGAGAUUAGAUAGCUAUGAUUACACUGUGGAGCAACAUGUCGUUGGCUCUCUUCUCUUUACACCACUCUUACUUCUAUUGCCAACCACCUCUGUCUUCUACACAUUCUUUACCAUCAUGAACACAGUCAUCAGUUUUAUCUGCGUAGUAAUGGAAGUCAGCAUAUCUGUUAUUCAUACUACCCCAUACAACAGCGCCUUUCUUUGGUUGAUGCGGAAGAAAAGGUUUCCUUCUGGGAUAUGGCUAGAAAUUGUAUCUCGUCAACAUGGAACAACUGUUCCUUCAGUAAUUGAUCCUCUUGAACUAAACGGCUCGUUGUCAAAGAAGUCAACAAAAAUCCCAAGAAGUGGUGGUCAUAAAACACUUGUUCUGGUUUCAGUUCUGCACAGCAACUACUUGAGCUUAGGUGAAUUGAUCUGCCCAAGCUACAGAUACAUCUAUUCAGUUGUUUGUAGGACAGCUAUCAGCUCGUCAGCGUAUGGUAUUCUAACAGGAAAAAGAAUUCUAUCUGCUCCCGGGACUACUUAUCCUUCAAGAUUGCCAUGGAUGGCUCUGCCGUACACAAUAUACUGGCGCCUUUGCUUUGAAGCAGUCUUUGCAUGUAGACAAAAUUGACACUUCAAUUCCCCAAUGAUCAAGAGACCCCUUUUCGGAUUUAAAUGCUACUUGGUACUAUUCGAUUGAUUAAUUUGACAUACAGUACCCCAAUGUUCUCAGCAAUAGCAAGGAACCGAGUCGUUUGUCCAGCCCCCAUUGCAUUAAUUUUGGAACCUUUAAUCUUGUUGAGGAACUAACUAAUCUUUGGUUGAAUGUAAAGUUUUGUGCAGAAUCAAUGUAUUCAAUUCAACUCCAAAGCAUGCUCUUUAUUUAUUGUUGC